AUGUUUGUAUUUUCAGUUGCAGAGGGCAGAGAAACGCCGGUCGCCACAGUGGUUGAUACAAACAGUGGACAUGGAGAUGAGCCAUGCCCGCGCAGCUCAGUCAAUUUGAUUGACCACAGUCGGCGACACCGAACUGCCUUUACCCGGGAACAACUGUCCCGCCUGGAGCAAGAAUACCUCAAGGAGAGCUACGUUUCUCGACCGAGGAGAUGCGAAAUGGCGACAGCCCUGAACCUCCCCGAGACUACAAUUAAGGUAGCUUACCCUACUACACACAUGGAAAUUAUAUUUAAAUGUCAAAUGAGUUUUGACAAAUGAGUAAUGACAUAUUCAAAUUAGUUUUUACCUCUCAUUCUUGUUCAUUUUGAGAGCUAAGCCUACACUUGGCAUACUGACAGCCAAGCAGCCUGCCUUAUGCAGGGGCCCUGACCAACUUAGUCACUUUAAUAUGCAUAUAAACGACUUUACCUUUAUCUAAACUAUUUGAGGAUCUUUUAUGAAUGACAAGGAAUGCAAGGCAUGACUUCAUAAAUGAGGGAGUUUAGCAACAGCUUCUGGCAUCUACUUUUUCAUAGGUAGGGAGUGUCAGCUCAGGCUUCCGAACUACCAGUUUAACAGUGAUGGUCCAACCUUAACUGAAUGUAACCUAUACAAAGCACAUUUGUGAUGUAUUAUAGUGUGGGUCUACUGUAAUUUAUCAGAGAAAUGUGAAGCAGCCCAGGUUAAGUGGGCAUCUCGGUUGGUCCCUCCUUCCUUCCCCUCUCAUCCUCCUGUCUCUCCUCCCCAACCCCAGGUAUGGUUCCAAAACAGGCGAAUGAAGGACAAGAGGCAGCGUCACUCUCUCAGCUGGCCACACCCCCUGGACCCCAACCUGUGUGCCCUCAUGGUGAGCCAGGCUGCAGCAGGCCUACCUUACCCCUUUCUCCCCCACCUCCCCCUGCACCUCUACUCUCACCUCGGGGUGGGGACAGGUGCCCCCUCUGUUCCCAGCCACUUCGCUGCUCCCCUCAGGCCACUGGAUCCCCUGCGCCUCUCUCACUCCCCCUACUCCAGGCCAGGUGGUCUACCCCCAACGGCCCUCUACCCCCAUUCCAAUGUGAUGCACCAUCCCACCACAUGCCCCUGCCCCCUCUGCCUCCACUGGGGAUCAGACCAACUGUUCAAAGCCAGAGGGCUGACUGCUAUUGGCCUGAGUCAACCAUGCAGUCCCAAAACUAUGGCUGCCAGUCUGGAAAGGAGGGAAGAGGUGCCUUUGCCCAGAUGA